AUGUGGCGAGUGUUUGAUGAUGUAACAAGUUUUAACCUUUCAUUCUCUGUCGAGGCUUCAAGUGAACAAGAUAAGAAUCGUGGACCAUUCACGAAUGACCGGGAUUACGAAUGGAAAUUUACUGGUAGUAUAGACAACUGGGAUAUUGAAGAGCUAUCCUAG